UCGGCUGCGGACCAGUUACUAUCCACUCCUUCAAGUGACCCAAGUUCAUCUCUUAAUACGACGACAUCUGCGGAAGGUAAUGAACGAACCGAGCCUGAAGCGGUGAAAGAUUCACAAGCACAAGUGUCUGUUAAGUCAGAAGAAAACACUCAACCUCACCCCACCCCCACUGAGAAUGGCAGUGAAGAUCAUGUAUCCUCUGUAGGUGGGUGUUAUUAGUUACAUGUAUUUUUCGAUCCAGGUUCCUCACCCUUUCGUAUGAUGUGAAUUACAGUCAAACCUGUAUUAAGCGUUGCCUAGUCUCAAGGCCUUAUUAUUCCGCGCGGUCAGUGCGUUUCGGGUCACGUAAUCCGAGCGAAGAAGCCUCGCGUUCGCCUCAGAUACGUCACCGAAAUGCAUUGACCGAGAAGGCCUUGGGAAAACGCUGUACAAGGACAAGGCAAUAUUAAGUGGUUACCCUUGGGGAAUGGCUUACUGGCCACUUACAUUGUACUACAGGUUUGAUAAACCUAGAAGCUAUUCAAAAAAAUGAAGAUGGUGAAAGAGCGAAAUAUCUAUUCCACGAGAAAUUUUUCUCAAAGGAUGACAAUGAAAAAAUGGGAGUUCCGAAAAGUUGACCGCGACCGCUUAGUACCGUGGAACUUCGCCUUAAGACCACACCCCGUGGUCGCGUUAACGUGGUUCCACUGUAUAGUUCAGGUUGACAUUAAUACAGUGGACCCCCGUUAAUGCGUUACCGUUGGGCAAUAAAAUUCUGGUCGUAAUAACGGUGGUCGCAUUAACAGGGUCUUCACAAAAAUAAAAUGACUCAGUGAUUCUUACGUUUGGGUCGAAAGAAUAUUGUCGUAAUAACGAGGUGGUCGUAUAAAAGGCUUGGUCGUAAGGCGGGUUCCACUGUAAAUCGAAAUGAUUUUCAGGGACUUUGGUAAAUGAGCGCUUAACAGAGGGUGACUGCUUAAUAGAGGUUAGGUAAAUGCUAGUUUUACUGUAGGCAGAUCUCGGAUGGUCACAAUCCUGAUAAGCUGGUAGCAGUCUAAAGUGGCGUUGUGUAGAUUAUUUUCUUAGUCACUUACGUUUGUUUUUGGACAACCUGUUUGUCUCAAAAUAUGACUUUUUCGUUUACAGAACCAAAAGUUGAAGACCAAGAAAACAGAACGAAGGAAUGUAUACCAGAGGAAAAAAGACCAGAAUUGGAUACAACCGUGGAUAAUCUAACACCAGAACCAAUGGAAAUACAAAACGACACAACUGAAAACUUAUCGCCCUGUGAUAUGGACAUAUCAAGCCCAGAUUAA